AAGAUUUUGGCUAUUCAGGUGCUGGAAUUCUGCCGAAAUCAACCCAAAAAUUCCAAACUUACAUAUAUUAUACCUAUUCUAGCUAAACCAAGUAAGGAAUUGACGAGUGUUUGCCCAGUUUUGGUCCCUUGAAGCUCGAUUUGUCCGAAAGUUGCCCGAACAAGGUAUAUACUGGCCUUUAGCCUUUUACAGCCUCUGCUCGGCGUUGAAUCCAAAGCUUUCUAGCUUGGAUUUGACCCAAUUAAUCAUUUAUUCUUUCAUUUCCCGAACAUACAUGUAAAUAUAUAAUGGAAUACCGCUUCUUCUUUACCUUCUAUUAAUUUUUUAGAUACAUGCUAAGUUCGUAAGACAAUGAUCUUCAAGUGCUCGAAAUCAGUCCCAAUGUGACCUCUUGAGGCCGAGCUUGACCGAGGAAAAGAGGUCGGGAUGGUUUUAUGUUUGUUUAUGUUUUUCUUGCUGUAUAGUAGCUUGGUUAUGUCGUAUAUAUGUUAGUAUAUUCUUAAGUAAUACACAAAUAUAAAAAUCUAUAAUUAUAAGAAGUGAAAUAAUAGAAACGGGGUAACCGGGGGGCCGACUAGGCUCCCCCGCCUCGUGGUCCAGUGACCUCGCUUGAGAGGGUCUUGGCCGGCGGAGGAGCCCCCUCUUCCGAUCUGCGUAUGCAGUACUUACGGACAAAAGAAUUUUUCCUUUUCCCCUUCAGGCUCCUACCAUUGGAGAAAAUGAAAUAUAUAUAUAUAUAUAUAUAUAUAUAUAUUUAAAAAACAUGAAAUGAAGCCAUUUUGGAGCAUAGAUAAUUAAAAAAAUAGCGCCAUCUAAUUGCCACGUUAAACUUCUGUUAUAAAUGUUAACUAAGGUUUAGGCAAAUUUGUGGGGAAAAUAAUUUAGGAGCAAAUGUGGUGACAAGUGAAUCAUUCAAUGAUGACAAUGACACCAAAUUCUAGUUUUAGUAUGAAGUCAAUUAAAGUGCACGAAUAACAUUUUAUAUUUCAAGAUGUCUUUUCAAGUUCUUGAGUUAUAUACAUUUUUUUCAUUUUUGAGGAAAGCCUGUUAAAUUUGUGGCAAACAAAAAUAAAAAUAAAUGCAAGCAUUGUAAUGUGCAUAAAUAACUUGGAGUAAUUAUAGAUAAUUUGUUGAUUUUAAUCCAAUUAAAAAAUAUGACCAAAAUCAUUUAACCAAUUAGGAAAAGAUGACAAAAAUAAGCAAGGUACAAAUAUCAUUAGUGAAUUAAAUUUUUUGACUAAUGAAACAAGCGAUUAAUCUGAGGGUUUUCAAAUGACAAUGUUUCAUAAAUGCUCGUCAACUUUUAUGUAUUGUGACGUAAUAGACUGGCAUGAUGGCAUGGGUGUGGCAUGGCCUAGGGCCGGCACAAUAAGGCUGCGCCUGGGCUAAGGUUUAUCGGGCCGCCGGCCCCGCAUAGAAAGAUACCGUGAUGGGCCGGGCCAGAUGCAUCGGGCCUGGCACGGCCUGAUAGCCCGAUGAGUGAAAAGGAAAAAUAACAUAAUAAUAAGAAAAAAAGCUGGAAAAAAAAAAUUCAAGUUCUGCUGCGGCAGCGUCGGCCACUCACACCUCAAGCUCUCGGCUCUGCCUCCACGCCGACUAUCCGACUCCUCUGCCAUCUCCGACCCGACGCGACGCCUUCCGUUCCGACGCCGGUGCCGACAUCACCUCUCCCUACAAGUCGGCUGCUCCUCAGUCCUCCGGAGUCCCUCCGUAGUUUCCCUGCUUGCGAGCCUCUAUCCUCCGUCUCUCCCGAGGUCCGCCCGCUGCUCUGUCCUCUGUCUUUUGGCGGCCGCUGGGUGCUGCUCGUGCUUCUCUCGGCUCCCUCGGCCGUCCUCCGUCUUCUCCCCGACACUUGCUGAAAGUGUAAGAAGCUCCCUUCUGCUGCUUAUCUGCCGCUCCGCUUGCUCAGCUGCUGAGGUUAUUGCCUGAAUGAAGUGAAAGCGGUAUUGAAAAAUUCACCUUUAUGGUUUUGUAAUUGUAGAUUUUUCUGGCUGAAUUAAGAGUGGCAUUAAUCUGCAAUUAUUGCCUCAUUGGGAGCAACUGCCUUGUGCCGUCACUUUGCUCCCAUCCCUACACUUCGUUGUGCCUCUCAAACUGUACAGGGAUUUUGCAAUACUUAUGAAUGGCUUGGAGAGCUUUUGCAAGCAAGGGUCUUCGGGCUAGGCAUAUAUUAUCACAAGGACAUUCCACGGGACGAAUAUCUGCCUCUCAUGUUGAACAAGUGGCAAGAUCUGUCUCUGCUAUAGACUCCUGUAAAUCAGAUCACUCUGUCAUCUCAGUUCUCCAAAGGGCUGCAUGUGGCAAGGUCCUGCAGGAACAGCACUCAUUCCGGUGUUUCCAUACAAGUCCAUGUCUGCAAGCGAGACAGAGAAGUGAUGAGCCAUUGGGCUUGAAAACUGGCAAGAAAGGAAAAUAUGUGAAGAGGGAGACCCGGACCCAGCCGCCUGUUGAAGCUCCUUAUGUGCCAUCCAAGCGAAAGACAUCAGCUAAAGCCUCUCAAGAUAAAACAAUUGACAUUUUUGAAGGCAUGACCAUUCUGGAGCUAGCUAAGCGUACUGGAGCAUCAAUUUCUUCACUGCAAGAUAUACUCGUGAAUGUUGGGGAGAAGGUUGAAUCAGAGUUUGUUCCUCUCAGCAUUGAUAUUGCCGAACUUGUCGCUAUGGAAGUGGAGGUCAAUGUUCGGAGACUUCACUCUAAAGAAGGUUCAGAAAUCGUUCCUCGGCCUCCUGUUGUGACAGUCAUGGGCCACGUCGACCAUGGAAAAACUUCCCUUUUGGAUGCCCUUCGUCAGACUUCUGUAGCUGCUCGAGAGGCUGGAGGCAUUACACAACAUGUUGGAGCCUUCGUGGUGGGGAUGCCCUCUGGGGCAUCAAUAACAUUCCUUGACACUCCAGGUCAUGCCGCUUUUAGUGCAAUGCGAGCGAGAGGGGCAGCAGUUACAGACAUAGUUGUGUUAGUAGUUGCUGCUGAUGAUGGAGUCAUGCCCCAGACACGAGAAGCCAUGGCCCAUGCAAAACUGGCCAAUGUGCCUAUUGUUGUUGCGAUCAAUAAGUGUGACAAACCAGCGGCUGAUCCUGAGCGUGUCAAGCUCCAGCUCGCCUCUGAGGGGUUGCUGUUGGAGGAGAUGGGUGGGGAUGUUCAGGUGGUGGAGGUGUCAGCGAUGGCAAAGACUGGGCUGGACAAAUUGGAAGAGGCAUUGCUUCUUCAGGCCGAGAUCAUGGACCUGAAAGCCCGUGUCGAUGGGUCGGCCCAAGCUUAUGUUGUGGAGGCAAGACUUGAUCGGGGCCGGGGUCCAUUGGCCACUGCUAUAGUGAAGGCGGGCACUUUGCUGUGUGGGCAGCAUGUGGUUGUGGGCUCAGAGUGGGGCCGAAUAAGGGCUAUCAGAGAUAUGGUAGGGAAGAUGACUGAUAGAGCGACUCCUGCAAUGCCAGUUGAGAUUGAAGGGCUGAGGGGGCUUCCAAUGGCUGGCGAUGAUAUUGUUGUUGUUGAAUCAGAGGAACGCGCCAGGAUGCUCAGCUCAGGGCGAAAGAGAAAGUUUGAGAAGGACAGGCUGAGGAAGAUCAGUGAGGGAAGCCCAGCAACUUCAGAGACAUUGUCAGAAGAAGAAGGGUUUGAGAGAGUUGAAAUGUCAAUAAUUGUGAAAGCAGAUGUACAGGGCACGGUGCAAGCUGUUACAGAUGCAUUGAAGAGUUUGAAUAGCCCUCAGGUUUUCGUGAAUGUGGUCCACGUAGGUGUGGGGCCUAUAUCCCAGUCUGACAUGGAUCUAGCACAGGCCUGUGGUGCAUGUAUUGUCGGAUUCAAUGUAAAGAGUCCAACAAGUGCUGUUGCUCAGGCAGCAACAAGAGCAAGCAUUAAGAUAAAAAUGCACCGUGUGAUCUACCAUCUCUUGGAGGAUAUCGGCAAUCUGAUAGUUGAGCAGGCCCCAGGAAUUGCCGAGACCCAAGUAGCAGGAGAAGCCCAGGUGCUUAACAUCUUUGAACUCAAAGGACGGAGCAAAUCAAAGGGAGAUGACGUGCGGAUUGCGGGUUGCCGAGUCAUAGAUGGCCAUGUGGUGAAGUCUUCGACUAUGAGGCUCCUGAGGAGCGGAGAGGUCAUGUUUGAGGGAUCCUGCAUCUCACUCAAGCGAGAGAAGCAGGAUGUGGACAUGGUGCCGAAGGGGAACGAGUGCGGGCUCGUGAUUCGAGACUGGGACGAUUUUCAAGUUGGGGACGUCAUCCAGUGCUUGGAGCAGGUGAUAAGGAAGCCCAAGUUUAUCUCCUCGGAGAGUGGGGCCGUUCGGAUCGAGUGUUGACACAGCACCACGAGGUAAUUUAUUUGUUGUGCUGAUAAGGCAUUUCGUCUGAUACAAUGACAGAAGUGUCAUUUUUUUGCAGCUCUCCGCUUAGAUUUUUUCUAGCACACAUAUGAUGGUUGACUAUACUGAGCUGUGUAAAUCUGUCAAUUUUGGGGGACUUGGAGUUAUAGAGUGUUGUCAUACGAAGGGAAAAGCACUGCAAUCUCUUGAAUAAUUCUUCGAUGAACUCGGGACGCACACUGCCUCUCCAAAACGGGUGACAAUUGUAAUUGCCAGGGAGGUUUUUAUGCAAACAAGUUUAGGAGUGGUCAAUGGUAUACUGAAGCAGGCGAACUGUGCAGUGCCACAGCCUCUUUUAUUGAGACUUCAUGUUUCGUCUCCGUCUCCGUCUACUUCUCGGACAUUUCGUCCGGUUGAAUUCUGCCAUCGAAAUCUUAUGCUAGUCUUUGUUAAGUCCCAAUUUCCAACAUUUAUGUGAAAGCACUUCAUGUCCAAAGAGACGUGUUGGGCUAAGUUUUGCCAAUGACAACUUCAAAUUCAAAUGGUCCAUGUCCAAUGAAGUCAUGGGUAUGUAUAUAUUUGCUUUAAUUCUU